GAUCCCCGACUCCUGCGGGCUCUGAUGGGUACCUGGUGCCGCAGGUGGGUGCGCGAGUUCCUCAAUGAUGAGAACAAGGGGCUGGACGUGCUGGUGAACUACCUGUCCUUCGCCCAGUGUGCCGUCAUGUUGGAUUUUGAGGGCCUGGAAGGCGGCGAGGAUGGUGCACUGGAGAAGCUGCGUGCCUGGAGCAGGUCCAUUGAGGAUCUGCAGCACCCCAGCUCCCUGCCCGCCCCCUUCACCAGCAGCCUGGCCCGCUCUGCCCGCCAGACCGCCCUACG